AACAAAACGCUUGACAAAAACAUAAAAUAACAAAAAAAUACAACAGAAAAUAUCACAUUAAGCCAAUAUAAAGCCUUUUGCGUGCCCUGUAAAGAAUGCGGACGUGUUCCUGUUCCUCAACAUUUUUCCUGCUCAGUCUAGGCGGCUCACACGAGGCAAAGUAGGUACUCUGCAAGAAGGAGGAAGAGCAACGGAACUCAGCUCAACUCGAAGAUGUUUUAAAACGUUAUAGAUUUUGACCGGAGCUAAUUGGCGAGUGAGAGAAAGCUGAUGACGUCUGCGUGGGAAACGAUCUUGUCGGUGCACCAGAACAUAGUCGACAAUGGAGACAAGAGGACCGACCCGUGGCCGCUGGUCUACUCACCGGUCCCGGUCACGCUCAUCGUCCUGCUGUACCUCUGCAUGGUCUGGGCGGGGCCUCGGCUCAUGAGACAUAGAGAACCCGUAGACCUCCGCCUGGUUCUCAUCAUUUAUAACUUUAGCAUGGUGGGCAUGUCCAUCUAUAUGUUCCAUGAGUUCUUGACCACUUCCUGGCUGUCCAACUACAGCAUCCUGUGCCAGCCGGUGGACUACAGCAGCAGACCAUUGCCCAUGAGAAUGGCUCGGGUCUGCUGGUGGUUUUUCUUCUCAAAAGUCAUCGAGCUCAGCGACACGCUCUUCUUCAUCCUGAGGAAAAAGAACAGCCAGCUGACUUUCCUUCACGUCUUCCACCACGCCACCAUGAUCUUAAACUGGUGGUCAGCCGUCAAGUACACGGCUGGUGGACAAUCUUUCUUCAUCGGCCUGCUCAACACUUUGGUCCACACUGUGAUGUACUCUUACUACGGCCUGGCGGCUAUGGGCCCUCACUUGCGCAAGUACCUGUGGUGGAAAUCAUACCUCACCUGCUUGCAGCUGCUGCAGUUUCUGCUGAUUCUCACACACGCGACCUACAACCUGUUCACCGAAUGCGACUUCCCGGUCGUCACCAACGUUGUCGUGUUUCUUUACUGCAUCUUCCUCAUCAUCCUUUUUGGUAACUUCUAUCGCCGCAGCUACCUAGACAAGAAGAAGCAGAAGUAAGAUGUAUUCAGAUUUGUGUGUGUACUCAGCCAUGUCCACAAGAGGGCAGCACGUGCCCAUGUUGGAUUGAAAACAAGCAAGUGCUGAUGAUUUGUUUCGUUCAUAUAUUUAUUAUUUCUGGAAUGGACAAAAAUGACAAACAUUCAAAUGUGUGCUGUAAACAAUCUGUACAAUUAUACACAAACUUAAAGGAGGGUCGGUAUGCUUUGCAUUACUGUAGCAGGGAGACAAACCCCAAAGCCACAAAAUCAAACGGAGGAAUGCAAACAUUGUUUCGGCUGUUUUUUAAAACAACACAGCAACACGAUACGUUUGUUUCUGUGUUUCGCUCUAAAAAUAGAAGUGGAAUACAAGACAAUGUUUUCG